GUUCACACAGAGACACGGGCGCACAAAAGGGCCUUCCAACAGCUGACACGGCACAAGGUCUUCGAGACCAUCGGCAGGUGCUCGGCUCUACUCGUGCCUAGUCGGAGGCUCCAACCGUUCGGCAUCUCCGGAAUCGCGACACCCGCCCGGUACCCACAGACCUGUCAGCUGGCAAAGCGCGAGGCGUGGUGGGGUGACGCAUUGGCGACAAGUGCUACAGGAGGCUCGGCCCACGUCAACUUCGACUUCUCGAGGGUUGACUGGAUGCUGUGGUGUCUGAUUUGCGCGAAAACUACAGUGCUAUUUUCUUUCGUCGUCAGUCGUCCACAGCCCAAUUGUCUCCGGGAUCAGAUUCUGCCUUCUGAGUCGAGCAGGCCCAUCCUCACGAGGCGUACAAUUUCGAAGUUGACAGAGGGUCACAGUUCGAGUCCCGGCGCUACGUCGUCUCGAGUGCGAGUGGAGCUGGCUGGUGUCUUACGGUCCUCUCCAGUUCGGCACCUGCCUGAGCAGAGUCUACAGACAUUGGCCGGAAAACGAAGGAGGAUCGUUAUGAAGUGA